AUGCAUGUUGCUGAGUCGGAAGACAUUAUCGAAGAACGUGUUAUCAAUGAAGAAUAUAAGAUAUGGAAACGGAAUACUCCAUUUCUAUACGACAUGCUGAUGUCCCAUGCUUUGGAGUGGCCAAGUUUAUCUGCCCAAUGGCUUCCUGUUGUUGAGACGACUGAUGAGGAUUAUUCGAUUCAUCGUCUUAUUCUCGGUACUCACACAUCAGAUGAGCAGAAUCACUUACUUAUUGCCACAGUUCACCUUCCUAAUGACAGCGCUGAAUUCGAUGCUAGCACCUAUGAGAGUGAGAAGGGAAAUUUCGGAGGAUUUUAUUUUCCGUCUGGAAAGCUAGAAAUCACCAUGAAAAUUAAUCACGAGGGUGAGGUAAAUCGUGCCAGGUACAUGCCCCAAAAUCCCGAUAUUAUUGCGACAAAGACACCAAGCGGAGAUGUGCUUGUUUUUGAUUAUGCAAAUCAUCCCGUUCGACCCUCGUCAGAACUUGGCUCUCAGCCCGAUCUACGGUUAAAGGGGCAUCAAAAGGAAGGUUAUGGCCUGUCAUGGAAUGCCACUCACAGUGGUCAUCUUCUCUCAGCAUCCGAUGACCAAACCAUUUGUUUGUGGGACAUUUCGGGCUCACCACUAGAUGGUCGUUGCAUUGAUGCCAUGGCCAUCUUCACUGGUCACCAUUCGGUGGUUGAGGAUGUGGCUUGGCAUCUUAUGCACGGUCACAUUUUUGGUUCCGUGGCAGAUGACAACAAAUUGAUGAUUUGGGAUACUCGAAGCGCAUCAAGAAACAAAGCCCAGCACCAGGUAGACGCGCAUACAGCUGAAGUCAACUGUCUGGCUUUCAAUCCAUUCUCAGAGUUUAUUCUUGCCACUGGUAGUGCUGAUAAGACUGUCGCUUUGUGGGAUCUCCGAAACCUGCGUCUGAAGUUACAUUCCUUUGAAUCACAUCGAGACGAAAUCUUCCAGGUUCAAUGGUCGCCGCACAACGAGACGAUUUUGGCCUCAUCGGGCACGGAUCGGCGGUUGCACAUUUGGGACCUAAGCAAAAUUGGUGUUGAUCAAACUACUGAGGAUGCCGAAGAUGGGCCUCCCGAACUGCUCUUUAUCCACGCAGGUCAUACUGCCAAGAUCUCAGACUUUACAUGGAAUGUUAAUGAACCCUGGGUCAUUUGUUCCGUCUCGGAAGACAAUAUCCUUCAAAUCUGGCAAAUGGCUGAGAACAUCUAUAAUGAUGAGGAGUUGGAUAUUGGCGGCAUGGAAUUGGGAGAUCAUUGA